AUGUCGAUAUCGUCGGGCGGGGCGCUCGCACAAGGGAUUCUCGUGAGUUUCAACUCUCUGCUCUGCACGUACUGCUUGACGGUGGCGAUCGUCAUCAUUUGGCAGCCAUGUUCGGCCUCCCGUCUUUCGACCGACCCAGCGGAGCAUAGCGCUACCAGGGCGUGCAGAACUUCGGAGCUGGAGCUUUUCAUGUUGGCGUUCCACUUGGCGUUUGCUGCGUUGUCACUAGCGGGUGCAAUCGUGGCGUACAUCGGCCAUAUCGUGCUGGUGCGAAUCACGCGUGCCAUGCUCGUCGUCUUCGCUGCGAUCUAUACAGCACUCGCGAUUUAUCAAGCCGUAGCAGAUCAUUUGACGUCGCUGCUCGGUCCGCUCGAGCUCGUCGUUUCUGUCGUGACGUUUGCUGUAGGAGUGCCCAGUGGGGUGUUGUACGAGCGCGAGCUGCGCUCCCAUCGACAGGUGCUACCUGACGCAUUUAACGGGGUGCUUCCAUCGAGCUCCUCGUCGACAACCAGCAGCCAUCGGACAAUAGACCGCCAACCUAGCGCAGUAACUCCAGCCGCCGUCCGCUUGGCUUGGUGA